UUUUUAUAACAUUUACUGAUUAAUAAAAUAUUAUUUUGAGGAUUUUUAUUUUAAGUGAUAUUUUUAUGAUAAAAACUAAAAAUGUGAUAUUUAGGAGAUUUGCACAAAAGUCAACGCGUUUUCUAAUUUCCGUCACCGAACACUAAAAUGGACUUUAUGUUUGUAUGUUUGGUCAGUCUUCUCUGUUACUUACCUACAUUUUCUUAUAUUCACUUCUUCGUGAACAUGAAGAAGCCAUGUUAUUUGCUUCAUCUUUUUUCUUGCUAUCAAGAGAAUGCUCAACAACAAAAACAAAACAAAACGCUUCCUGUCUCGUUCUUAGUUUUGCUAUCGUAUCUUCAUCAGGCUAUAUGAUGAUGGUUGCUAAGCAAGUUUGUACCAUUUUCAUCCGGAGCUGUAUCUGGCUGUUACUGCUCCCUAUCUUGACCCGUGCAAUGGAGUCCGACAUAACUUGCCUGAGAAGCUUGAAGUCCCAGCUUAAGGACCCCCAUGCAUAUCUGUCUAACUGGAUAUUUGGAAACUACAGUGACGGUUAUAUCUGCAGCUUCUUUGGCGUGUAUUGCUGGCGUAGUAAACAUAAUAAGGUGCUAAGCAUCAAUCUUGGCGGGUCUGGUCUGGAGGGAGAGUUUCCUAGUGGUGUUAAACUAUGUUCGUUCAUGGAGAGCCUAAACCUUACUGGAAACAACCUCACUGGCACUCUUCCAUCAGACACAUUCUCAUCUCUUCCAUAUCUUGUUACUCUAGACCUCUCCAACAACAACUUGGCUGGUGAAAUCCCUGCUAAUUUGCCAAACAUGUCCUACUUAAACACGCUUUUGCUUGAUCAUAACCGGUUCACGGGUAGCAUCCCGUCCGAGUUAGCCUCAAGUCCAAGACUCCUACAGUUCUCGGUGGCUCACAAUGAUCUUAAAGGCCCCAUUCCUGAAUUCACCGCUGGAAACAUAUCUCUCUCGAGCUUUGAUGACAAUCCGGAUCUGUGUGGUUUCCCGCUGGAUCCCUGCCCGGACUCUUUCUAUUCCAUGGCCAUUAUAGCAGCCAACAUUGCUGCAGCUGCAUUUUUCCUUGUAGGUGCAUGCUACGGCUGGUUAUAUGAUAGCCGGAAACAGAAUCAGCGACCAAGAAGACGUUAAAGCAAAGUCCUUACCAGAUAAAAAGUAAAGUCCACUUGUUUCAGUGAAUCUUGUUGUAUCUUUAGCACACAUAGUUAUCAUGUUAUGUAACAAACCCCAAAAUAAAUUUAACUUUGCAGUC